GCAAGUUUCGCCACCUCAGUGGCAUGCCAUUUGGUUCAUUCCUCUCUGCGCUCUCUCUCCCCCCCACAACCCAGACUCUUAAAUAAGAACCACACUCCAAAAAACGCAUAGAAGAAGAAUUAUAGACAACCCAAGACAAGAAGCGAAACCGCAAGAAUAGUACCCGCAGAGAGAAACCUCAAUUCUCAUCCUCCUUUCAUGGCCGUUGAAGCUCACCAUCUCCAUGUCUUCCCUCCUCAACUCACUGCCAAUCGGGAGAUGUUGAAUCCCAUUGAAGCAAAUGUUAAUCCCUUCAAUGCCCAUAUGGGUUACUCCUCCGUUUUGCCACUAUCCGGUACCACUACUGCCACGGAUACGCCUCUCCAGGCGGCAGCCGCUUACAAUUCUUUGAUCGUUGAUUCCGUUCCUCAGAAAACCGCCAUGAAAUCCGAAAGCGGUCUCACCUAUAGCGUCCGUACAAGAAAGCGAUCAAGGGAUUCAAUCAAUUACCCUCUUCCCUCCUACCCGGCCUCUUCUCAGGCUCACAAGAAUUGUGGCUUCUUCUCGUUUCUUGGCGAAGACAUUUCUCUCCAGAUUCAUCAACAGCAACUUGACAUCGACCGCCUCAUUUCCCAGCAUAUGGAGAAGGUGAGGAUGGAAUUAGAGGAGAAGCGCAAGAGGCAGGCGAGGAGGAUAAUAGAGGCAAUCGAGAUUGGGAUGAUGAAGAGGCUGAAGGCGAAGGAGGAAGAGAUAGACAAGAUGGGCAAACUGAACUGGGCUCUGGAAGAGCGAGUCAAGUCCCUGUGCGUUGAAAACCAAAUAUGGCGGGAUUUGGCACAGACCAACGAAGCCACCGCCAAUGCCCUCCGCACAAACCUCGAGCAAGUACUAGCACAAGUCAAGGACGACCGUACACGCGCCGCCGCCGACGAGGACGACAACGAUGACGCCACCGUCGCCCCCGCAGGACCAGCACCUCUUCUCGACGACGCUCAAUCAUGCUGCGGCAGCACCGGUGGCGGAGCCGGCGAGGAAGACGAUGACGCGAAUAACAACCAAAUCGAAACAAAGCAGGCAACGAUGGAUGGGUGUUGGCGCACGGUAGUAACCGGGUGCGCCGCGUGAAGGAUAGGGAUGAGGGUGGCACAAGUGGUGGUGGCAGUAAGAGCAGAAGAUUGUGCAGGAACUGUGGGAAAGAGGAAUCGUGCGUGCUGAUCUUGCCGUGCAGGCACCUCUGCCUCUGUACUGUUUGUGGGUCUACGCUUCAUA